AUGGUGUCACAUCUGAUUUUUGGUAAACUAGUAGACAAAUAUCUAUUAAUGGGUUUAACAAAAGAAUUAAACUAUUUAAACAAAGGAUUAAAAUUAGAUUCAGCUACCGAUGCUAAAGAAAUUAUAGAUAUUUUGGAAAAUAAUGAUGAUAUAGAAGUAAUUAAAUUAAGUGGUAAUAGUUUAGGUGUUAAAUCAGCACAUGCAAUUUCCAAAUCUUUGUCCAAACAAAAAAAUUUGAAAAAACUAUAUUGGAGUGAUAUAUUUACUGGACGUUUAAAAUCUGAAAUUCCAUUAGCCUUGCAAUCAUUAUUUAAUGGAAUAAUACAAUCUGGAUCAAAAAUUAUUGAGUUAGAUUUAAGUGAUAAUGCUUUUGGGCCAGCUGGUAUAAUAGCUAUAAAAUUAUUAUUUGACAAUGAGGCAUCUGAUAAUUUACAAGUCCUUAAAUUUAACAAUAACGGCAUGGGAAUUGAAGGUGGUAAAGUAUUGGCUUCUUACUUAAAAACUUGUCAAAAACGUUGUCACUUGAUGGGUAAAAAAUUUUCUCUUAGAGAAUUUUAUGCUGGUCGCAAUCGACUUGAAAAUAAGGGUGCAAAAGCUUUAUCGGAGUCAUUCAAGUCAUUACACUCAUUGGAAAUUGUUAGUAUCCCUCAGAAUGGUAUUUACCAUGAAGGCAUAACAGCUUUAAGUCAGGCCUUUGUCUCUAACUCUAAUAUGAAAGUAAUCAAUCUUAACGAUAAUACGGCAACUCAUCUUGGAGCCUUUUCUUUAUCCAAAGCUCUAAUAUCCUUACCAGAAUUAGAGAGUGUCAAUAUUGGUGACUGUCUCCUUAAAGAUAAAGGAGCAUGUUACAUAGCAAAGGCCUUUAGACAAUCAGGUGCAGAAAAUUUGAAAGAAUUGAUAAUGAAUAAUAACGAAAUCACUUUAAAAGGAGCCUUUGAAAUUUUAGAAAAUAUGGUCGAGACAUCUGUCAAACAAAUCAACCUCAAUGGCAAUUGCUUUGGCCAAGCUGGCAUUGAACAAUUGGUAUCAUUUCUUGAAUCUGCAGAGAAGUUAAAUGUUUUGGGUUCACUAAGUGAAGAUGAAGGAACGGCUGACGAAAAUUCGGACCAAUCUUCAUAUGAAAACCUUUCCCAACCAUCGUCCUCCGACGAUGAAUAUGAUGAGGAAAAUGAAGGCGAAGAAGAUGACCUAGUCGUUGUGGAUAAGGAUGUGAUUGGCUUGGGAAAAUCUUUUUCCGAUACGCUGGCACUUGAUAAAGGUGACGUCAAAAUAGGAGCUGCUAGCCCUUUCCAAUUCACGCCAUCUUCAAAUAUAUUUCAAUCUUUUCCCACAUUUCAAUUCACUAUGCCAGAUAAAUCUCUACCACCUUCUACUCUAUUAACUAAUUCCAUUGAUGAUGAUAAAGUUAGCAAAAUUUUUGGCAAUACUAGCACUAGCUUAAAUUUUGCUCCUUCUAAACCCUUCGGAUUCGGUCCUGAUAGUAAUUUUACAUUUUCUUUGGCGCCAGUUGUUAAUAAUAGCGCUUCUCUACCAACCAAUACCGUUACUCCCUUUAAAGUUUGCAAUUAAUUUAUUAUUUUAAUAUAUAUUUAAGUUUAAUCAUAAAAGGGGGGGGGGGGUUAAAGCUUAAUAAGAUUUUUUUAUAAAUUCAAAGGAUUGCCAGGUACACUAGAACGAAAAAAUCUAUAGAAUUCUUUUUACUGAAAAUAUAAGUUCAUAUUUUUGAAAGGAUUUUUAUGCCAUUAAUUAGUGUUUUUUUUUCUAAUUUGUGUUUUUUUAUCUCCGUUGAUGUUAUAAUUAAUAUUAUGUUAUAACAUCAUUUAUUUUGCUUCUACACUCAGUAUAAACAGUGGCGUAGACAAAGGGGGGAUUGAAACUCCCCCCAUAACCUCCGAAAAUUUUAUUU